AUGGCUCAAGAAUCUGCUGAUGGAUAUAAUGCUAUGAGCGGGGACUGUCUCAAGAUGAAUAUUUGGUCACCCAAUUCAGGAUACAAUCCGAAGGCAGUGAUGGUCUGGAUUUAUGGAGGCGGUUUGUCUUUCUCAGGGUUUGAACGAGGAUCCAUCAACAACCCGGCCUAUAUAGGUGCGAACCUUGCAGCUAAUGAAGAUGUCAUCGUGGUCUCAUUCAACUUCCGCACGAACAUCUUUGGUUUCUCCAACGCGCCUGGCACGGCAACCAACAACGGCCUUCGUGACGUUAGACUAGCUAUAGAAUGGAUCCGAGACAACAUCGCCGCCUUUGGAGGCGAUGCCAGCCGUAUCACCUUGUUUGGCCAGUCGCAGGGUGCGUACCUGAUCUCUUACUACGCCUUUGCGUUCUACCAAGAUCCUAUCGCGCACGCAUUCAUCCAGCAGUCGGGCUCCGCAUGGUCUCCGAUCACCCAAAGCACUUCUGAAAAAGCAAGCAGUUGGAAGAAUGCUUCUGCGGCGGUGGGUUGUGAUCAAACCACAUACUUGCAGGUCGUAGAGUGCAUGCGGAGCCAGAAUCUAUCCACUUUGGUGUUCGCGAACUACACGCAAAGAAUCCUCGAGCAUAAGGUUUCUGACAACCCAGUUCUCAUGGGCAACAACGACAACGAAGCCGGGUUCUACGUUUUCCGCUACGGUGGCCAAGAGAACUUCAACCUCAGCCAGGCUGCCCAAGAUUACAUCGGCUACGGACUGUACGUUUGCCCUGGCGCAGUGGAGGCCGCGACGAGGGCCAAUGCCGGCUAUCCAGUGUACCGCUACGAAUACAUGGGCGACUGGCCAAACCUAGAACUGUACGCCGGCAGUCGCGCAUACCACACCGCCGAGACAUCCCUCGUGUUUGGAACCAUGGAGGAACUGAGCGGCGAUCCGAACGUCGAGCUCAAGGUGACGGUCAGUCGGUAUAUGCAGCAUGCCUGGGCGUCGUUUUCGAAGGAUCCGCAUCGCGGGCUUGAGGAGCUCGGGUGGCCAUUGUAUAACCAGAGCGGCGACACGCUCAUUCGUCUUGGGCAUGCGAAGGAAACGUCAGCAAGCUAUGUCUCACCGGCCGCCUUUGAUGAGGUGUGCGAGAAUUUCGAGUGA